AUUUGUUCAGAAAAAUGACAUUGUCCGCUUCCAGCACUCAGCCGCUGUUUCUGGGCAUCGACCUGUCGACGCAGCAGCUCAAAGCCAUUGCUGUGGACGCAGACCUGACUGUGACGCACGAGUUUGCGAUUCCCUUCGAUGCCCACUUUGCAGCCGAGUUCAAGAUCAAGGACGGCGUGCAGGUCAGCGCGACCGAGGCGGACGUAGUCACAGUGCCGACGCUGAUGUGGGUUGCUGCGCUCGACGCCCUGCUCGCCAGCAUGCGCAGCCAGGCGUUCCCAUUCCAUCGAGUCAAGUGCAUCUCAGGCACGGGGCAGCAACACGGCAGUGUUUACUGGGCCAAGGGUGCAGAGUCUACCCUCGCUGGUCUCGAGUCCUCCAGCAAUCGCGAACUCAGGGACAUUCUGUCGCAGUCCUUUGCCGUGCAAGACUCGCCGAUCUGGAUGGAUUCAAGUACUGCUGCCGAGUGUGCUGUUCUCGAGCAGGCUGUUGGUGGACCCGAGAAGCUUGCCGCCAUUUCAGGAUCGCGUGCGUACGAAAGAUUCACUGGCGCCCAGAUUGCGAAAUUGCAACGCACCAAACCCGACCAAAUGGCAGCUUGCGAGCGCAUUUCGCUUGUGAGCAGCUUUGUUGCAAGUCUGCUCAUUGGCGGCUACGCCCCGAUCGACGAGUCGGAUGGGUCUGGGAUGAAUUUGCUCAAUCUGCAGACUCGCAAUUGGGAAGCUCGGCUGCUUCAAGCCACUCAGGUCUCAGACCUGUCCGUCAAGCUUGGUGCUCCCGUACCUUCCGAUACGCUUGUCGGAACCAUCUCUCGAUACUUUGUCUCGAGAUAUGGGUUUGCCGAGGACUGCGUCGUUGGCGCCUUUACUGGUGACAAUCCUGCGUCGCUCGCUGGCAUGCGAAUCGGUGAAGGCGAUAUGACGGUUAGUCUCGGCACUUCGGACACGCUCUUCCUGUGGCUCAAGGACACUCAGUCGCUUCAACAAGAACGUACCACUUUGGACGGACAUGUCUUUUGCAACCCGGUCGACACCCAGUCCUACAUGGCAUUGCUCUGCUACAAGAACGGCUCCUUGGCUCGCGAGCGAGUCCGCGAUCGCGCGCUCCACCUCAACAGCGAGCAGACCCAGACGCAAAAAUGGGCUGCAUUCGAUGCCGCUCUUGCCAGCACUCCAGUUGGGAACAAUGGCAUCGUAGCUGCCUACUUCGACCAGACAGAAAUUACACCCAGCGCCCGCGGAGAGCUGCGGCUUGGUGCAGACGGCAACGAAGUUGCAGCUCUGUCGCCGGAACAAGAGAUUCGUUCCUUGAUCGAAGGACAAUUCCUGGCAAAGCGCUUGCAUGCCGAGCGUCUUGGGUACAAUACUUCCUCAGCCAGACGCAUCCUUGCAACCGGCGGCGCUUCCAACAAUGGUGCCAUUUUGCAGAUCCUUGCGAACGUUUUUGGCGCACGGGUCUACCGCUUGGAGCAAGCCAACUCGGCUGCGCUUGGGUGUGCAUUCCGAGCUGUGCAUUCAUGGCGCAAGCAUGGCUCGCUGCACGAUGCCCGCUCGUUUGAGCAGGCUACCGCCCAAGCCGAGCCACCCAAGCUUGUUGCUGUUCCUGAUCCGGCUGCCACUGCUGUGUACAAUCAGCUCCUGCAAGCCUACGCCAACGUAGAAAGUCUGCUCGUGGCUCGAACAAAGCGAGACGCUUGAACGGAUCAUUGAGAGCCGAUGUAUGCAAACAAUGCCAAACGGUUUAUUGUACACACUGGAAUACAUUGGGAU